UCUUCGAUAAUUCUUCCAUUCAAUUCGUUCUUAAAUUGAUUUUUUUUUUCAAUCACUUUUUUCAAUUAUUUCUUCAUUCUUUCGCUGUUAAUUUCAGUGAAUUGGUUCGAAUUAUCAUGGAAUUGCCAUGAAAAGUUCAGAUUCAAUUCAUCAGAAAAACAAUAAACGAAAUCGAUUCAAUCAUUUUUUCAAUCCUUCUGUAUUGCCUCGCAAGAAACCUAGACUUUCGAUUCUCAACACAGCCUCUAUACACAUAAAACCCCUCGAAAUCCCUCUAGUUUCAACACUCACCAAUUCAUCUUGUGAAUUGAUUGUUCUCAUCCCCUAUAAACCCUGCACAAUCGGCCGUAAACGUCGCCGCUGUGAAUUCGUAUUCGACGACCGUCGAGUCAGUAAUCAACAUUUUCAACUUUUCUUCGAUGCUGAUAAUCGAAAAAUAUAUGUAUCAGAUGGAAUUUUUUUCUUGAGGCGUAGCGGGAGUUCUACUAGGGUUAGGUCUUCAUUGAAUGGGGUGUUUGUCAAUGGGGUCAGAAUUGGAAAGGGUAAAGUCAUGGAGUUGGGUGCCGGCGAUGAGGUUUCGCUUGUUUGCGGAAUUGAAGGUGUUUGUAAUAUUGGCAUUCGAAUUGGAUUUUUUCUCGAAAGAGUUGUAUUUGUGGAAGAGGUUGUUGGUAGAAACCUAUUUAUGCAUAGGGGAAAUGGUGCGUCCUCUGAUUAUGCUAUUGCUAGAGCAGAAUGUGAUGGAAUUGUUGAAAAGGCCAACUCCCUUUUAACUCAAUGUAGGAUGAUUUUGAGUAGUGAUGACCCCAUGUUGUACAUUAGAAAUUGCUUCGUCGUGUACCGGGAAAUGAGUAUUAAGCAUACUUCUAGAAACAGGGUGAAUUGUAAUUCCAGCUUGACACCAAGGAAUGUUGAUAAAGUUCUAAUGCAUACUGCACCUGAGCUAACAUGCAAUGCACUGGCAUGUAGGGAUGAAUUAUUGCCCAGUGAGAUGGUCACUGCUCAGAAUCUGGGAACUAAAUGUUUGAGUUCAGUUUUAUUUCAUAGAAAGAAUGCAGCGGCUUCAGAGGUAAAUCCGGUCACAGAGCGGUGUAAUGUCAACAAUUUGCAUAUACAGCAGACCGACAAUGCUGGGGUUCCUUCUGAGAUUGGUAUUGCCAAUCAUAAAUCAAAGGCUGUAUCUUUGGGAUCUUUUGAUGUGAAACAUGUUACUCAAAGUGACAAAGAUGUGCACGACAAGAGUAGGGGUGCUUUUGUUCAGCCACCAGGAAGUAAGUUCCAUUUGAACCAGCUACAAUUUAUGGGCCAUGGUUCCUCGGAACAUCAUACUGCUGUUUCGUUGCCAGAGCUUCUAUAUCCUGUUGAAAGACUUCUGCGGGUUUUCAUUGCAACUUUUACUAGCGAUAUACCAUGGUUUUUAUCAUACUGCGAGGUUCCAGCCCAUCUGCCUGUUACAAUUGCUUGUCAUAAUGCUGAAAGGUGUUGGAGUAUAAGCCCCGAAAAGAGAACCUCAGUGCCUUUUUCAUAUUUCCCAAACUUAGUUCUGGUGUAUCCUCCAUUUCCUGAGGUUAUAGCCUUUGGUAAAGACCGCAAGAGAUUAGGCAUUGCUUGCCAUCAUCCAAAAUUGCUUGUAUUGCAGAAAGAAGAUAGUAUCCGUGUUGUUAUCACCUCUGCAAAUUUAGUGGCAAGACAGGUAAGCCCGCGUAUGCAACAGUCUCAUGUUGUGCAGUUACUAGGCUCUGUUGAAGCAUCUGUAGUUGGUUUAGGCCACCUUUUUCGACCUUCAGCAGAUUCAAAUGGAGCACAGCUAAAGAAACUGGCUGCUUUCCUUGGAAAGUGCCAUGGGAAUGCAUAUGGGAUGUUGGAGAUUAUCUUAAGGAGAAAUACAAAUAUACCAGCUGAUGUGAAUGCUGUGAGCAUUCUUAUUCCUAACCCAGAAGAGUUUACUGAAGGAGAUUGUGUUCAGCUUGGGUUUCUACCAAAAAAUGUUGCAAAGUGGGUUGCCCCAUUGUCAGAUAUUGGUUUAUUUGCGUUUUCUGCAUAUAUUUAUCCAAGAGAAGUCCUUGCAACCACUGUCGAAGGAAGCAACAACAAAGUGCGGCUGAUACUCUAUGUGUCACAGGGACCUAACUUUUCAGAUCUAUCAGCAAUAAUGCAAACUGAACAUGUUUCUGCACUGUGCUCACUAGUGGCUUCAAUUCGGAGGUGUUCAGGCCUCUGGAGGCUUCAAGAGGUGUUGGGUCACUACAAAUGGCCUGAACAUUUAGAAACUGAUUUCGUAUACGGUUCAUCCUCAAUAGGGUCAGUUAGUGCACCAUUUUUGGCUGCAUUUUCUGCAGCAGCUGGAAAGCGAUCAUUGCAGUUCUCUGAAUCUGAAGAGUCAGAUCCUGAUUGGGGCUGCUGGAGUGCAAGCCAAGAGUUAAGAAAUCCGUCUAUUGGAAUCAUUUACCCCACAAUUGAAAGAGUAAAAAUGGCAAGUUCUGGAAUUUUGGCUUCAAGACGCCUAUUGUGCUUCUCACAGAAAACAUGGCAAAAGGUGAGAAAUAUAGGCAUACUUCAUGAUGCAAUUCCUUAUCCUUAUGACAGAGUUGGGUAUCCUAUGCAUGUCAAGGUUGCACGAAGACGCUUCCAGUCUAAGACAGAUGCUUCAUCCUUUGGAUGGGCCUAUUGUGGGUCACAUAACUUCAGUGCGGCUGCUUGGGGACGUCCAUUAUCUGAUUCACUUGAGACAAAGGCCAACGGAGCUGUGAGAUUGAAUUCUGUGUUAGGUUCCAGACUUCAUAUCUGUAACUAUGAACUUGGUAUUGUUUUCAUUGUUCCCCCAUCAGACAGAAAGGGUUGCCCCAAACCCAAAAAUACAAACUUGGAUGAUAUUGUUUUGCCAUUUGUCAUGCCUGCCCCGAAAUACAGACCAACAGAUAGACCAGCAACAGCACAGGCCAUGAGAGAGGCGGUUGCUGAACUUACUAAGCAAGAGAUGGAGAAAUAUCUAACUGCAGCUGAUGCAGGAGAAUUGAUGGAAGAUGAGAUCACAGAGGAAGAAGAGGAAGUAUUGGAGACAACUAACUACGUCGUGGAGGAGAAGGAAGAAGACAAGGCUUAUGCUGAGACACUUUGGAGUCAAGUUGAUUCAUAUCAGAGUUGUUGAGCUUUUCAUGUCAUGAGCCUCACGGCUCUAUUUGCUGCGAGCAUGAUUAAAUUGCCUCUGAAAAACUAUGCCAGUAAUUUAAAUUGUUGCCCUGCCUAGGGAGUUGUCUAAAGAAAUUUACGUAGGUUCAGAUUACAAAAAAUUGGAUUGAAGUUUACAUUCCUUGUAGAUUUUGGUGUUUUAAGUUGUUACUCGAGUUUUGAAAAGGUUAGUAUAUGAUGGUAGGCUGUAGCUUGAUUGUUUGUAUUGGUCACAAUUCAAGCUUCUUGUCUAUAGACACAUUGUUCUAAAUUGUAAUAGUCAAUUGUUCAUUGUGAUUGUAAUGUACACUGAUGUACCUCAAAAUAAUACCUUUGGCUUUGGAGAUGA